UGAUAAAAUCAAAACAGUUAACGGCGCAUUAGUAUAUAACCUAUUUUUAAUAAAUUUAUCUAUUGUCUAGAAAAAAUAAUAAACAAUUAAAAAUAUCAAUAAUGAUUCCUAUAAGAUUAUUGAGACGAGUGUCAAAUAAUGUUCGGAAUCAAUCAACCGUAACGGAAAGAAUUCAAGUUCAACCGGAGGAGCCGAUUCAGACUUUUCGUACCAUCGAAAGUGAUCCAGCAAAACACAAUCGUGAUCAUUUGAAUCGUUUUUAUACAGUACCAGUAAAUGUUAAAAACCGCAUUUUUCCUUUCACUGGAGUACCGAGGCGAUUUAACGAUCACUGUAAAACAUUUACAGAGACAUGUAUAUUAGUACGCGAGCCGGCUAUUGAAUUGAUUUCUUAUCUCCAGCAGACAGAUUACACAAGACCCGUUAAUAGAUAUGUAAUUUAUGGACCCUUAGGAUCUGGUAAAACAUUGACAUUGAUGCAUGUAUUGCACUAUGGAUUUAGUACGAAGCAUCUUAUAGUCCACGUACCUUGGAUUCCAGAUUGGUUCAGACGACGUUCAGAAUCAGUUCCUUCGCAACGUGUUGAAGGAUUGUAUAAUUUACCAAUUGUUGGAACUUUCUGGUUAGCCCAUUUCAAGCAUCAAAAUGGUCCUCUUUUAGCAGAGCUUGAUAUAAGACUACAAAAAGAUUACAUAUGGAACCCACGAGAACAAAAUCCAGCCGGAACACCACUGGUGGACAUGAUUGAUUUUGGAAUAGCACGUGGUAAAUACGUUUGCGAUGUAAUUGACGGAGUGCUAAAUGAAAUAAAAUUAUCAAGUACUGCCGGAAUGUGCAAAACACUUGUUCUCCUUGAUGGGUUUAACGCUUUAUUUGCUGAGGACUCUAUUAUAAAAGAUGCGGAAUUUAAACUUCUGUAUGCCCAACGCGUGUCAUUAACGCAUUCAUUUCUAAACUUCACAAAAUAUGACUGGUGUAAUGGUGCCAUUGUCGCACUAGUUGAUAUAUUAGCAGUCAAGAAAGAGAAUCAAUUUGAAUCAUCAAUGUACCCGCGGUAUCUUCUUGGCAAAGAAGGCUUCGAACAUCUGGAUCCAUUUUUGCCAAUUGAAGUUCCCUUUUACACAAAAGACGAAUUUGACGCCGUAAUCGAGUAUUAUAAAAACAGAUUAUGGUUAAGAAAUUUAACAGAAAAUGGAAAACGUGAAUUAGAGUUAUUAACUCAAAGAAGUCCUUACAAACUCAUGAGAUAUACAGCUCCACUAUAAAUAAUAACUAUUAGUUGUGAUUAGUUUUUAAACUUGUACUGUUUUUUAAUUAAUUCUUAAUAAUAUAAAAUUGCUUAAUAAGAAAAUAAAUGUCUAUUAAAU